CUCCAGGGGCCGAUGGGAUUCGGAGCUCACCCGGCGAGCUCCUGUGCAGGCCGGGGAGGGCUGUCUCGGUCUAGGCCACCGCUGCGGGCUUCCCCGCCCUCUCCGGCGCAGGCGGCCCGCCCAGGGCACGGUCCUGACGGUCGCGGGGACACGGUGGCCGCGCGAGCCCGCGACACUCCGAGCCUCCGCCGCCGGGCCAACCGCGAGCGAGCCGCCGCCAUGCUCCGGGUGCUGGUGGUGGGCGCCGGGCUGACCGGAAGUCUGUGCGCCGCGCUGCUGAGGAAGGCGAUAGCCGGCCCGCUGUACCUCGCGCUGUGGGACCGGGCUGGCGACGCAGGGGGAAGAAUGUUUACUGCCAAGAGUCCUCAUAAUCCCCGAUGCACAGCUGACUUGGGAGCUCAGUACAUCACCCGCACGCCUCAUUAUGCAAAAAAGCAUCAAGAGUUUUAUGAGGAGCUGUUAGCUCAUGGGAUUUUGGAGCCUCUGACCUCUCCUAUUGAAGGAUUGAAGGUGCAAGAAGGAGAUAGCAACUUUGUGGCACCGCAAGGAAUUUCGUCAAUUGUUAAGCACUACUUGAAAAAAUCAGGUGCAGAAAUCUUCUUCAAACAGCGUGUGACCCAGAUCAACCUGAGAAAUAACAAGUGGGAAGUCUCCAAGGAUACAGGCUCCCCCGAGCAGUUUGACCUUGUUGUCCUCACCAUGCCAGCUCCUCAGAUUCUGGAACUUCAAGGUGACAUUGUGAACUUCAUUAGUGAAUUCCAAAGGCAACAACUGGCAUCUGUGAGCUAUUCCUCCCGCUAUGCUCUGGGCCUCUUUUAUGAAGCAGGCAUGAAGAUUGACGUCCCUUGGGCUGGCCAGUACAUCAGCAGUAAUCCCUGUAUACGCUUCAUCUCCAUUGAUGAUAAGAAACGCAAUAUAGAGUCAUCGGAAUUUGGCCCAUCCCUGGUGAUCCACACCACUGUCCCAUUUGGAGUUACGCACUUGGAACACAGUGAGGAGAACGUGCAGGAGUUAAUCAGCCAACAGCUGGAAGCCAUUCUGCCCGGUUUGCCUCAGCCGGUUGCUACCAAGUGCCAGAAGUGGAGGUAUUCGCAGGUUACAAACUCAGCUGCCAACUGUCCCGGCCAGAUGACUCUUCACCUCCACCCUUUGUUGGUGUGUGGAGGGGAUGGAUUUACUCACUCCAACUUCGACGGCUGCAUCGCCUCUGCCCUGAGUGUCAUGGAAGCUUUAAAGAAUCAUAUUUAGUGUCUAUGUUCUCUAAAGAAUCAUAUUUAGUGUCUAUGUUCUCUUUUCUACAUUCACUUUGGGACUCUUUGUUUUCACAGACCUCUGUUAUUAAUUAUUCUGGGUUUUUGUGGGGAGAGGAAUUACUUGGAAAAAUUUCUCCACUUAACUGUCUUUUUUCAUAUGAAAUAUAAAAACAAUGUAAUAAUUUUGAUAGCUACCACCCAUAAUAAAAUGAUAAUUUCUUAAACUUUGCUCCUUCCCUGCAUUCUCUGAUUUUCUAUGAC